UAUGGAGAGCGUAGGUAGGUAAGGCAGAGCCACCUUAGUACUACCUUACUUCCUGAUGUAGCUUCACCGAGAAACCCAGACAGACAACAGCGAGAGCCCCCAUAUUACAUCCGGGCAGAUACAGGAUCUAAUCACUCCCGAAGAGCAUACAGUAGUACAUUUCGAGUGCAGGUCAAGCGCUUGCUCUGCCAACCUCUCAUAUAAACCGGGCAACUUUGGGAAAAGCCCGCAACUGCAUCAACCUUGUACUGCCAAACAGUCGGUACCCUGGUUAGGUACUCAACAUUGACAUCAUCGUCUACCUACCUAAUUAGGUACCUAUCUAUUUGAAUACAUACGAUAUCAGAUCAGAUACGAACCAAGGAUAUCCCACCAACACAACAGUUCAAGCAUCCGUCCUUCCCUGUAUCAAAAUGGCCAAAACAAGCAUCGAUCUCAUCGAUGCAGUCGACAUGUUCCCGUAUGCCGAGACUGAUCUCGAUGCCUUCACCAAAAUGAAUGCCGGGCUCUACACUCUGGUCUGGAGAGAUAGCCAGGGCACAUACCCUAUUGGGUACAUCCUAGACCGUGUGGCCAGAGAGCUGCACCGGGUUCCUGAAGAGGUAAGGGGAGAGAUGGAAUGCGAUGAUGAGAAGAAAACUAUUGUGCUCUUUCAGGAACCUACGGAGGAACAACGUACUCGUCGCGCAGCGACCCUGGCCGACUAUUGGCGGAAGAAUGGGACAUUCCCUCUUCUCCGUGGCUGGCGCGACGAACUCUGGCCUGUGUAUGGACGUAGUGGCGAGCUAUUGUUCAGCAUGGAACGAGCUGCGAUAGGCUUGCUCGGCACAGUGCGUUACGGCGUUCACAUGAUCGCGUAUGUCAAGGAUGGGACUGCACCUCACGGCAUUCGCCUCUGGGUCCCUACGCGUGCUCAGAACAAGGCAACCUUUCCCGGCAUGCUUGAUAAUACCGUGGCAGGUGGUUUGAUGACAGGAGAGGACCCUUUCGAAUGCGUCAUUCGCGAGGCUGACGAGGAAGCCAGUCUUCCUGGUGAUAUCGUUCGCAAGAGUGCCAAGUUCGUCGGCAAUGUUACAUACAUUUACAUCACGGACGAGGGACAGGUUGGCGAAGGCGGCUUCAUUUAUCCUGAGUGCCAGUGGCUAUACGAUCUCGAGCUUCCCAACGAUGUGAUCCCUCAGCCCAAAGAUGGUGAGGCGGAGAAAUUUGAGCUCUGCGACGUUGAUCAAGUCAAGGUAGAUCUCGCCAAGGGUCGAUUCAAGUCCAAUUGUGCCCUCGUCACCCUCGACUUUUUCAUUCGUCAUGGAAUUCUCACUGACGGAAACGAGCCCGAGAUUGAGCAGAUCAAGCGGAGAGUGCGCCGCGACAUUCCUUUCCCAGGUCCGCAUCAAAGCAAUUGGCGCUCAUUGUGAUUUCGAUAGACCAGGCUUACAGGGGCGAGAUAGAGUCUUGGACUUUGAGAAUCAUUGGGGGCCAACACGGCGGUUUUCGCAUGGGUAUCAUUAAUGUGACCUGGAGCUAGUGGUAACACAAAAGCCCUAUAGUGGUGGACAAGUUUGGGCGCUUCUGCUUAUUUCUUGACGAGAAGGUACACGUUGUCGACACGGAGGGGGGUCAGUUUCUUGAUGGGGCCUUGAAGCGACAUAAGAAGACCGCCGAAAGAGCAGUAGGCAUUGCUGUAGGUUAGAUUCAGUCAGCAAACAUGGAUAUGCCAGACUCGGUGACAAGGGGGCUUCAUGUAAGAGACGCACAUGGUAUUUCCAUCGAAUGUUUCCUCGAACUUGUAGAUCUUUCCAUGGCACACGUAGUCAUAAAGGUCGGCGGCUGUCGCUGGCGCAUCACCACCUUUGCCAACGUCUCGCCAGCCCUUCUCGUCCUCCUUGCUUCCGUCCAAAGAGAGAGUAGUAGACAGAACUACGUGCAGAGUGUCGGAAACAGCACAGGGGAAGAGCUCGAUGUUGAUGUCUAGAGUCAUAACAGUCUGAGAGUCGCUUGAAGUGCACGAAAUGCG